UACAACAUUAGCCUAGAUCACUACCUCAGUAUUUAAUAAUGCAUUUUCGAACUGUGUUUGCUGUUACCGUGUUGUUACUGGUGUCCAUCGAUGCUGUCCCUUUAGAAAGAGCUCCAAUGGAAUUAAUAAAUUUCAUCACCAUGGAGGAGCCUUGUGUAAGACAAGGGGGUCUGUGCCGUAGGAUCGAGGAUUGUGACCAGGACAAUUUGGUACAUAUGAGGGGAGUACUGUGUCCGAAACAAAGGCACCUCGGCGUUGAGUGUUGCUACAAUUAAUCGGUAUCUUCGUUGAAGACACAGUUCCGCCUUUAUACUUACACUCUAAAACUUAACUUAGUUAAUAAGAACUAUUAUAUUUGCUUUAUUUAUUUUGACAAAAUGGCAUUCAAUUCGCAUUAAUCAAAAAUGUUACAUAUUUUAAGUAUUAUUUAUAUAUCUAUUAUGUAUUAUGUUGUUUAGUUUUAAGUGUGUGAAAAUCUAAAUUUAAAUAAAAAUUGGCAUAUUU